CCCUACAACUUCCUCCUGCUAAGCGCCAUUUUCGGCGUUGUUGCGGAACUACAGCAUGCUGUUGUCAAACAGAUAAUAAGACUAGUAUUUACCGUUGUAAGACAUCUUUUUCAGUAUUUGUUAAGAUGGGACGAAAAAAGAAGAAGCAGAUGAAGCCAUGGUGCUGGUACUGUAAUCGAGACUUCGAUGAUGAAAAGAUCCUCAUUCAGCACCAGAAGGCAAAGCAUUUUAAAUGCCAUAUUUGCCACAAGAAGCUGUACACUGGCCCAGGCUUGGCUAUUCAUUGCAUGCAGGUACACAAAGAGACAAUUGAUAGCGUACCAAAUGCAAUUCCUGGAAGAACAGACAUUGAGUUGGAGAUUUAUGGUAUGGAGGGGAUACCAGAGAAAGACAUGCAGGAAAGAAGACGGACGUUAGAACAGAAAUCACAAGAGAGUCAAAAAAAGAAGUCAAACAACCAGGACGACUCCGAUGAGGAGGACGACGAUGAUGAUGAAGCAGGACCCUCGGCACAGCAGGUUGCUGCUGUCCAGCCCCAGCCAGGUUACGCUGCUCCAAUGGCACAGCUUGGGAUGCCUCCAGUGACUGGUGCACCUGGGAUGCACCCUGGAGGAUAUCAAGGAAUGCCUCCUAUUAUGCCAGGCGUUCCUCCCAUGAUGCACGGCAUGCCUCCUGCCAUGCAUGGAAUGCCACCAGGCAUGAUGCCAAUGGGUGGAAUGAUGCCUCCCAUGAUGCCAGGGAUGCCUGGUAUACCCCCUGGAAUGCCACCUCACAUGGCUCCAAGGCCAGGGAUGCCCCAUAUGGCCCCGGCACCUGCAGUAGGAGCGAUACCCGGUCGACCGGCAGCGCCAGUGGCCCAGCCCGCUGUCACCAAACCCCUUUUCCCCAGUGCGGCACAGGCCCAGCAUAGCACUUCAGGAGCUGCAGCUUCGAACUCCCACAGUACAGCCGCCUCCUCCGACCCUCCCAAAGCAACAUUCCCCGCCUACACCCAGCCCUCUGUCUCUUCUUCUUCCACUUCUUCUUCUAACCCCUCUAGCAGCACUGUGGCCAAACCCCCUGCCACAGUGGCCACUAAGCCUGCCACCCUCACCACCACGAGUGCAACUAGUAAGUUGAUCCACCCUGAUGAGGAUAUCUCACUGGAAGAGAUGAAGGCCCAGUUGCCCCGUUACCAGCGUCUUAUACCCAGGCCGGGUCAGGCCCAUGCGGCUGCUCCACCAGUGGCGGCUGUGGGCAGCAUUAUGCCCCCACAGCAAGGCAUGCCACCACAGCAGCCAGGCAUGAGGCAUCCCAUGCAUGGUCAGUAUGGCGCUCCUCCUCAGGGCAUGCCAAGCUACAUGCCUGGAGGGAUGCCUCCAUAUGGGCAGGGUCCUCCUAUGGUGCCCCCUUACCAGGGAGGCCCUCCCAUGGGCAUGAGGCCACCCGUCAUGUCUCCGGCUGGGCGCUACUGAAGCAGCAAAGCAUCCACCACAUUAGGUUUGAGGUUAACACCUUUCUCUCAUCCUUGUGCUUUUUCGAACCUAGCUGCAAACAAAGAGCAGUAAGACCAGUGGUGGUGAAGACAAACAUUAUUUGUUAGAACACGUGGACGUUUAAUGUAACAUCUUUUAUUGAAAAACAGCAAAACACCACAUUAAGUCCCCGAAAGCUAUUGUCAUUUGAUCAUAUGUAAGGAUAUUUUUUGUUCCCAUAGGUUUCACUCAGGUUAAUAGAAGUGAAGUGUGUUAAAAAGAUUCAUAUUUCUUUUGAAGCUGCUGGAGUUACAUGAACGUACCAACCCCUUAAAAAGGCAAGUUUCUCUUGUAAACAUUUGAUUAAUUUUAUUUUUUGUUUAUUUUUUUUGGUAGAUUGAUUGAGGCCCUCACAGCAUGUUUAGGUGCUGUUGGACUUGCGUCCCCAACCUUGGUUGGUGAGGGUCUCAGUGAUGAAAAUGAUUCCAACCUAAGUAGUGUUACAAAUCCAUGACUCAUCAGUCUCUAGCUUUAUUCUUAUUUCAGGUUUGUUUUUAAUAUUUCCUGAUCAAAAGGGUAACCUGUAUGCAUCCUUUGUAAUGUUUUAUGAAUCUGUUGUAAUAAAAUUCAUCUUGAAAUCCAA